AUGGAGAAAUUGAAAACUCUCUUGGUUGCAAACCGAGGAGAGAUCGCGGUGCGUAUAUGUAGGACUGCUCGCAGCCUUGGUAUCAAGACCAUAUCCAUCUACACGCCAGCAGAUGCUGCCUCAGCUCACGUUGGUGCUGCCGAUGCAGCUGUCCUUUUGUCCGGGUCUGAUGCCAAGGGGUACAUCGACGGCGAGCACAUUGUUGAGAUAGCCAAGUCGAAAGGAGCAGAUGCUGUCAUUCCCGGCUAUGGAUUUCUCUCCGAAAAUACCGAGUUUGCCAGGCAAGUGGCGGACGCUGGCAUGGUCUUCGUUGGACCCAGUCCCAAGUGUAUUGAUGAUUUUGGGAUCAAACAUACAGCACGCGACCUAGCCGCCAAGGCAGAUGUACCGAUUGUUCCUGGAACGAAGGGUUUGGUGGGUUCAGAGGAUGAAGCCGUUGAAGAAGCACAGAAGCUAGGGUUUCCUGUGAUGCUCAAAGCAACAGCAGGUGGUGGUGGAAUGGGCUUACUCACCUGUAAAGAUGAAGAUGGAGUCCGCCAGUCAUUCAAGACAGUACAGUCCCGUGGAGAAACGCUCUUCAAGAAUUCGGGUCUUUUCAUUGAAAAGUUCUAUCCAUCAUCACAUCACAUUGAGGUUCAAGUCUUCGGAAACGGGCAAGGUCAGGCGAUCCAUUUUGGAGAGCGAGAAUGCUCAAUUCAACGUCGUCACCAAAAGGUGAUUGAGGAGUGUCCGAGUCCUUUUGUGAUAAAGCAUCCAGAACUUCGAGAGAAGCUUGGCUCAGCCGCAGUGAGAUUAGCAGAGUCGAUAAACUAUGGCUCCGCCGGUACGAUUGAGUAUCUCGUUGAUGACGAGACGGGCAAGUUUUUCUUUCUGGAAAUGAACACUCGUCUUCAAGUAGAGCACGGAAUAACUGAAUUAUGCUAUGGUGUUGACCUCGUGGAGCUCAUGCUGAAGCAGGCGGAUGCCCAGCUACUAGGCAAAGGCGGAAUGCAGGGCGAAUAUCUGAAGUCUCUACAACCCAAGAGUCCGAAAGGGGCUGCCAUUGAAGCACGAGUCUAUGCAGAAAACCCUGCAAAGGACUAUGCUCCCUCACCUGGCACUUUGCAACAUGUCUCGUGGAAGGAGGUCGCUGGUUCGAGAAUUGACGGCUGGAUUCAUACUGGAACUAAGGUGACUUCAUUCUAUGAUCCACUUCUUGCUAAGGUUAUGGUUCACGCAGACACGCGAGACAAGGCUCUCGAACGUAUGUGGGAGCUGCUCGCCGAGUCAAGAAUAUUUGGACCACCAACCAAUAUGGACUUCCUUAAAGCCAUCCUUGAGGACGAUACGUUCAAAUCAGGCAAAACUUUGACCAAGUUCCUUGACGGGUUCAAAUAUGAGCCCAACGCCAUAGACGUUUUGCAAGGGGGAGCAUACACUUUGAUCGAAGACUGGCCAGGUCGGCCAACAAUAGGAAGGGGAUUCUCUCAUUCUGGUCCGAUGGAUCCGCUGGCAUUCAGAAUUGCUAACGCACUCGUGGGCAAUGCGCCUGGAAAGGAAGGGAUUGAAAUCACACUAAGCGGUCCAGACCUCAGAUUUCUCGGUCCUGCAAUCAUCGCCAUCUGUGGAGCACCUAUGGAAGUAAAGAUUGAUGGAAAGCCUAUGUCAAUGUGGACUCGUCUCAAAAUAGAGGCAGGUCAGCGGCUCACGAUCGGGAAGACAACGGGAGGGGGAUGCAGAUCGUAUCUGGCAAUAUACGGGGGGCUUCCGAGUAUUGCUACUUGGUUUGGAUCCAAAUCUACUGCUCCCAUGACCGCCGUGGGAGGCUAUCAGGGCAGAGCACUUGCUGCAGGAGACCUUCUCGCGAUUAGAAAAGAUGUCCCUAGGGUCACAGGGGAACUGAAAAUACCAGACCAUUUGAUUCCGUCUUACCCCGAGGAAUGGGACCUCUUCGCCAUGCCCGGACCCUACGACGAGGGCUAUAUCGAAAAGGAUUCCAUCGAGGAGUUCUACAAGACGACAUGGAAGAUAUCUCAUAACGCGGCCCGAGGUGGUAUUCGUCUCAUCGGUCCGAAGCCUAAGUGGGCACGUUCAGAUGGCGACGAAGGCGGUGCUCACCCUAGUAAUGUCAUCGAAUACGGGUAUCCAGUCGGCACAGUGAACUGGACCGGCGACGAUCCGUGCUUGUUUCCCAUCGAUGCUCCUGACUUUGGUGGAUUUGUCUCGGCGACCACUAUUGUCAAGGCAGACUAUUGGAGGCUGGGUCAGAUGAAGGCCGGCAACAAGUUGCGGUUCAAUAGGGUAUCGUAUCAAGAUGCAAUUGCGAAAAGGAAUGAAGUCGAGGAGUUCCUUGGCUUGAUUCAUGACUGUUGCAACGGCAAGGCUAACUUUAGUGAUGCAUUCCCGUUGAAAUACCAAGGACUACCUCCCUCAGUCAAGAGUCAAGGUUGGGAAGUCGCUGUCAUUCACCAAAUUAAAGAAGAAGGCAACCAACCUCUGGUGUCUUAUCGACAAGGCGGCGACGAUUUCAUCUUGAUCGAUUACGGCUAUGGUGCAUUUAAUCUCAACUACCGAUGCCGUGCUGUGGCGUUGUACCGGAAGCUCAAAGAAGGCACCGGUGACAUCUCCUUUGAAAAUGGCGCACUACACACUGGCAUGGCAUGUGGGAAUUCCCUGAUGCUUUACUACGAUUCCCUGAAAGUCAGCCGCCAAAGAAUCCUAGAUUAUCUCUUAAAACUUGAAAACGAGCUGGGUGACCUUAGCGAGGCCAAAUUUCCCAGUAGGAAGUACAGGCUUCCCAUCACUUUCGAGAGCAAGAGGCAGAAGGAGAGCUUACAGAGGUAUAUCGAGACUCAGAGGCCGUAUGCAACCUACCUUCCGGAUCCUCUGGAGUUUGUUGCUAAGAACAAUGCUUUCACUCCGCAACAGCUUCGAGAUAUUUUUACCAAAUCCUCGCUGAUGGUGGUUGCAGUGGGCUUCUUUGUAGCGCUGCCGAUUGCCCUGCCAAUUGAUCCUCGUCAGCGAAUUCAGUGCCCCAAGAUGAAUCCAUCGCGGGUACAUACUCCCGAGGGCCAAGUAGGAUGGGGAGGAUCGUGUAUGGCGCUAUACAACGUCGAAUCACCCGGUGGGUACAUGAACACAGGGCUUUCGAUUCCCGGGGCAGACAUUCUAGGAUUUAAAAACGGGUACAGCUCGGAAAAGCCCUGGUUGUUCGAAGACUUCGACCAAAUCACCUUCUACGAGGUCAGCGAGGACGAGUACGAGUCCAUGAUGGCCACUUUCCGAAGCGGCAGGUACAAAUAUGAAUAUGAAGACACGGAAUUCGAUAUGAAAGAGCAUAACCAGCUUCUCCGAGACACAAAGGAUGAGGUCGAGAAGAUCCGCGCAAAGCAACGAGAAGCGCAAGCUGAGAUGGACAGGCUUGAGAAGGAGCUUUUGGACAAAUGGAGCAAAGAGAAAGAGGCCGGGAAGAUCAGUAUGGAUACAGUGGAAGAACUUCUGCAUGACCCGGGUAUCAUUGCGAUCGAAGCGCCCCUCAAUGCCAACGUGUGGAAGGUCGAGGUCAAGGAAGGCGAUCCAGUCAAAGUCGAACAGAUUGUUUCUAUUCUGGAAGCAAUGAAGUUGGAAAUCCCAGUGAAGACCGAGCAGGAUAUGGAAGGUGCCACGGUUGAGAAGCUGCUGGUAAAGCCGAAUGAUGUUGUGCAGGCUGGUGCGCCGUUGAUGUUAUUGCGCAGGCCGAAAGGAGAGGAAUAG